AUGCAAAGUAUUUUGACAGCAUGUUUUGCUCCAGAUACCAAACAUACAGACGAUUGGUUCAAAAACCAAAGCACACAAGAACUUUUGAGCGAAGCACAGCGAGACCGACUUCCUUCGGGGUCGCCUAAAACUCAUGAAAAUCGUAAAAAUUUGCCAAAUGGUUUGAGAGGUUGGUAUGUACAUAGACUUCUUGUAAAUGCUGUUGCAAUGUGGGCUUCGCCUCGUUAUGCUUGGAAUAUUUACAGACUUCUUGACGAAAUUCAUAGACAAGAACGUGAAGAGAUGGAAAACAAGCUUGAAGCAAAAGACAAAAGCAUUCAGAAAAGAAUACCACGUUCGGUACCAAAAGGUAAGGAAAAAAGCUAUAAGUAUAUGAUUUACGCUGAAGAGAUGGAGAAAGAAGAAGAUAGAGAUAUGGUUAUGUUGCAUUUAGUGAGAAGAAACAACAAGAGCUUUUAUGACCUCGCUAAAAUAUAUAAAUCUGACAGAAACUGGUUCUAUCGUGAAAACUUACCGAUUUCAAUGACACCGAAUGAGCAAAUAAAGGAAAUUGUCAAAAGUACUCUUCCUCAAACACACUAUGAUAUUAAAG